AAAACAACUACUUAACUGAUUCACACUUAUAUAAUCCAAAAGAGGUUCGAAAGUGCCAUCUUUCAUGGAAGUACACGUAUUCCGAAUUUCCUCUGCAUUUCCAUUUACUUCCAUAAGAGCCAAACACAGCCUUAAUCUCUCCAAAUCCAACUUCCCCAUUUCUCUAAAUUUUUCUAACAUUCCCAAAAUUACAUUCAAAGUGGAUUCCCAAAAGAAAAACGACGUCGUUUUUGACGAGGCUGCAUACGAAGCUGAGCGUCACAGGCUCGAUGCCGAAGCUAGAAAAGCAAUGGCUGAAACAUCUGAAAAAGAGACCCAAAAUGAAGAAGACCCGAAAGCUUGGAAAUGGGUUAUAAGAAAACGGGUUUGGGAUUUAAUGGAAGCCCAAAACAUAGCCCAAUUUCCAAGACCCGUUCAUCAUCGUAUACCCAAUUUUAUUGGUGCUUCACUUGCUGCCAAUAAGUUGAGUGAAUUGGAGGAGUUUAAAGUGGCCAAGUGUGUGAAGGUGAAUCCAGAUACACCACAAAAACAAGUGAGGUUUCUCACACUUAAUGGAGGGAAGCAGCUAUUGACACCGCAGCCUCGUCUUAGGACAGGUUUUUUCUCUGUACUUGAAUCUAGUAUGUUAUCUCCUGGUACCAUUAAGGAGGCCUGCACUUCUGCUGGAGUUGCCAAAUAUGGAAGACCAAUUGGAUUGGAGGAGAAAAUAAAGGUGGACUUAAUUGUUAUUGGCUCAGUUGCUGUUGACCCAAAGACCGGCGCUAGACUUGGCAAGGGAGAGGGAUUUGCUGAACUUGAAUAUGGCAUGCUAAGAUACAUGGGGGCCAUAGAUGACUCAACACCAAUUGUCACAUCUGUGCACGACGAACAGCUGGUAGAUGACAUUCCUAUUGACAAGCUAUUGAUCCAUGAUGUGCCGGUUGACAUCAUAUGCACUCCAACUCGGGUCAUAUUUACAAACACAUCCAUCCCAAAGCCUCAAGGGAUAUAUUGGGAGAAGCUCUCACCUGAAAAGCUUAGUCAAAUUCGAAUACUGAGGCAGUUGAAAAGUAAAAUUGAACAAGAAACCGGACAAAAGCUUCCAACUGGCCCUUCUGAGAAACUACCUCCAACUGCCCGGCGCAAGUUUGACAGGAAGUAAAUUGGCAUGUAGCUUUGUGUAAUUUUCAUGCAUCUAUUUUAGGCCCAAAGCAUACAAGCAAACUGUAAAGUCAACUAAUAGCAUGUUGACAUACGUUGCAAUGGUGAUGUAAAAAAAAUGUUCUUGUAAGGACAAACUUUUAUUUUCAAAUACCAAACGAAUUGUUAGCUACUAAA